UAUUUCUCCUUAUUUUCUCUGCAAUAUUUACUCUAAUUUAGUUUAUUUUUCUUUUUGGGAAAGUGACUAUUCUUUUGUACAAUUAUUUGAUAACAAAGCUUUGUUUUUCUCUUUGGAAACAAUUUCUCGAGUUUUGGAGAGGGUUUUGACGGAUAAUUGUGCUUGGUUUGACGUCGGAGUUGGUUUUAUUAUUGAUGAGUAACGGAAGUUAUCAUUGAAUUUGAGAAUCUGAAUCGAGGAUCUGUGGUGGUUUUGUUGAAAUGGUGGAGGAUCGAAUAGAAAGUUCAGCUGAAUGGUGGUGAUCGAAAGAAAAAAAUAGUUUUGGAUCCGAUCGGGGGAGUUAAAGCGCCAUCAGAUGGCGCUGUUCAGACGAUUGUUUUACCGGAAGCCGCCGGAUCGGCUUCUCGAGAUCUCAGAACGAGUCUACGUAUUUGACUGUUGCUUCUCCACGGAUGUGUUGGAAGAAGAUGAUUACAAGGUGUACAUGGGUGGCAUUGUGGCGCAGCUACAAGACCAUUUUCCUGAUGCUUCUUUCAUGGUAUUUAAUUUCAGAGAAGGGGAGAAGCGUAGCCAAGUAUCAGACAUUUUAACUCGAUACGAUAUGACUGUUAUGGACUACCCACGGCAAUAUGAGGGAUGUCCGCUGCUGCCGCUUGAAAUGAUUCACCACUUCCUUCGAUCGAGUGAAAGUUGGUUGUCGUUGGAAGGACAGCAGAAUGUGCUUUUGAUGCACUGUGAAAGAGGGGGAUGGCCCAUACUUGCUUUCAUGCUUGCUGGUCUUCUGUUAUAUCGCAAACAGUACACUGGUGAGCAGAAGACUCUUGAAAUGAUCUACAAGCAAGCUCCUCGGGACCUUCUGCAGCUUCUUUCUCCUUUGAACCCUCAGCCAUCCCAGUUGAGAUAUCUUCAGUAUAUUUCUAGAAGAAAUUUGGGUUCUGAUUGGCCUCCCUCAGAUACACCACUAUUUUUGGAUUGCCUAAUUCUUAGAGUUCUUCCACUCUUUGAAGGGGGAAAAGGGUGCAGGCCAGUUGUCCGUGUUUAUGGCCAGGACCCGAAAACACCAGCCAACCGAAGUUCCAAGCUUCUGUUUACAACUUCGAAGAAGAAAAAACAAAUUCGUCACUUCCUAAAGGAAGAGUGUGCAUUGGUGAAAAUGGAUAUUCAUUGCCGUAUUCAAGGGGAUAUUGUGCUUGAGUGCAUUCAUUUGGAUGAAGAUUUGGUACGGGAAGAGAUGAUCUUCAGAGUUAUGUUCCACACGGCGUUUGUUCGAGCAAAUAUUUUAAUGUUAUACCGUGAUGAGAUUGAUGUAUUGUGGGAUGCCAAGGAUCAGUUUCCAAAGGAUUUCAGAGCAGAGGUACUUUUUAUGGAUCCUGAUGCUGCUGCACCUGGUCUCACUAGAGUAGUAGCAAGUGAAGAUAGGAGUGUGAUAGAAAGUGCUUCACCAGAGGAAUUUUUCGAAGUUGAAGAGAUCUUCAGCAAUGCAGUCGAUGCAGUGGAAGGAAAGGUGAAUGACAGCAAUUCGAUAGUUCCUCACAACAAACCAGAUCAGAAAGAUGUCUGGAGGGAGGAUGUGGAUCCUCCUACAUUUCAAGAUUGUGCGUCAGAUGAUGGGAUUCACAAACAGGAUGCAUCGGUGUAUUCUAGUAUAGAUGCAGUGAAGGACAUAGCAGUGGAUGAUGUGAACUACAAAUUAGAUGAGAUUAAUUCCGACAUUAAUUCAGUGAAAGAUAUAGCAAUUGAUGAUGGAGCCAUGAAAAUUGAUUCAGUGGUAUUUACUGCUGAUGUGCCAAGAGCUAGAGAAACCAGGGAAGUUAUAGAAGAUGUGAUUGACAAAUUAGAAGAGAUAGAAGAUAAAGGAAACAGAGACAAUACUAUUCCGCCAAAGAAGUCGCGGUUUAAAAUGUUUGAACAAAGCUUGAAACCUGACGUUUCCCAACCUAAACCUGAGGAACUAAUGCCUGCUUCAAAGAAACAGGCUGCACCUGACGCAGAACCAGCUUUAGAUUCUGUUUUGGUGAAACCAAAAAGCGAACAACUCGAACCUCAGGCCCCUCCUACAAGACAAGCAAAGCCUAAUAUCAUAUCUCGGUGGAUCCCUCCUAACAAUGCCGCUCAUGUUAAGCCAAUGCAUGUGUCAUACCCACCGUCAAGAUAUAAUAGUGCACCACCUGUACUUUCCUGUAUCACAUCUUUGACGGAAUCAGAUUCAGGUUCCAAUAUUGAAGGCUCUACUGGAGCUUUGGUAUUGAAGGAUGUUUCAUCUGAGCAAAACAGAGAGACGUUUGAGCCUUUGAAGGGUACAGACUCUCCAAAAGAAAUAUCCACAACUCCAAUAAUUCCAGCAUCAACUAUUGGUCUACAGCAGUCAGUCUCUGUUCCACCUAGCUCUCCACCUACACACUUGCCAUCUCGACCACCGCCGCAAUCACCUCCUCCUCCCCCAUUUUCCAGCAAGCAGGCUGCCGAACUGGUGUUGCCUCCUCCAGCUCCACCACCUUGGAAAUCUGGGUAUUUUUCAGAUGCCCCUAGUGUAGCAUGUUCUCCUCACAGUACUUCUAUCAAAUCAAGCACAUUAAAACUUGGUAAUGUUCCCCCUCCCCCACCAUUUCCAGGUGCUAUGACUCCAUCCUUCAUGCGUGGAAUGCCAUCAGCCCCUCCUCCACCCCCACUCCCUCCAUUUUCUGGAGCUCCAGCUCCAGCUCCCCCGCCUCCACCAGUGCCUCCUCAUCAUGGGGCUUCUCCACCACCAUCGCCUCCUCCUUUGUUGAGAGGAACUCAAGAGGCACCUCCACCAUUAGGAGGGAAGUCUACUGCCGUACCUCCUCCACCUCCACCACCUCCAUUGAAGUCUAGUGUCUCACCUUCUCCACCUCCACCACCCACAUUGAUGUUUGGUGCCCCACCUCCUCCCACAUUGAUGUCUGGUGUCAUACCUCCACCAUCUCCACCACCCACAUUGAUGUCUGGUGCCCCUCCUCCAACUCUUACCCCUUUGCGUGGAGUGCCACCUCCACCUCCUGCCCCACAUCGAGCACCACCACCCCCUCCUCCUCCGUUGAUGUCUGGUGCCCCACCUCCUCCAUCGCCACCACCCCCUCCCCCUUCGAGUGGAGUGCCACCUCCACCUCCUCCCCCACAUCGAGCACCACCACCCCCACCUCCUGUGCAAGGAGCGCUUGCACCACCCCCACCUCCCAUGCGUGGAGUGCCAACACCGCCUCCACCUCCUAUGCGUGGAACGCCUGCACCGCCCCCACCUCCUAUGCGUGGUGCUCCUCCAGCUCCUCCAGGUGGAGCACCACCUCCACCGCCGCCACCUGGAGGUCGAGCUCCUGGCCCUCCAGCUCCACCUGGAGCUCCUCGUGGUGCACCUCCGCCUCCACCAGUGGGUGCUAGAGCAACUGAUGUGAGAGGAAGAGGGCGUGGGCUAUCACGUCCUGGGGCAACUGCAACACCUCGGAGAUCUUCCUUAAAACCAUUACACUGGAGCAAGGUUACAAGGGCAGUUCAAGGAAGCUUAUGGGAAGAAUUGCAAAGAUACGGAGAGCCUCAAAUUGCACCUGAAUUUGAUGUGUCAGAGAUUGAGACUCUUUUCUCUGCUGUUGUUCCUAAACCUGCUGAUGCUGGGGGUAAAUCUCGAGGACAACGCAAAUCGGUUGGAUCAAAGCCUGAAAAAGUUCACUUGAUUGACUUGAGGAGGGCCAACAACACUGAAAUUAUGCUCACUAAAGUUAAGAUGCCACUUUCUGAUAUGAUGGCUGCAGUUCUAGCAAUGGAUGAUACAGUAUUAGAUGUUGAUCAAGUGGAAAAUCUCAUUAAAUUUUGCCCCACUAAAGAGGAAAUGGAACUUCUAAAGGGCUACACUGGUGACAAGGAGAGUCUAGGGAAGUGUGAACAGUACUUUUUGGAGCUGAUGAAAGUGCCGCGAGUGGAGUCAAAAUUAAGAGUGUUUUCCUUCAAGAUUCAGUUCGGUUCUCAGAUUUCUGAAUUUAAGAAGAGCUUGAACACUAUAAAUUCUGCAUGUAAUGAGGUACGGAAUUCCCAUAAAUUAAAGGAGAUCAUGAAGAAAAUUCUCUAUCUGGGAAAUACAUUGAACCAAGGAACCGCAAGGGGUUCUGCUAUUGGAUUUAAGUUGGACAGUCUUCUAAAGCUCACAGAUACACGUGCUUCUACCAGCAAGAUGACGCUUAUGCAUUAUCUUUGCAAGGUUCUAGCUGCCAAGGCACCCACGCUUCUGGAUUUUCACCUUGAAUUUGUUAGCCUCGAAGCUGCAACUAAGAUACAAUUAAAAUCUUUAGCAGAAGAAAUGCAAGCUAUAAUUAAGGGAUUAGAAAAGGUUAAGCAGGAGCUGGUUGCCUCUGAAAAUGAUGGUCCUGUAUCUGAAGUUUUCCGGAAGACAUUAAAGGAAUUUAUUUCUGUUGCUGAGACCGAGGUGGUGUCCUUAACAAAUCUAUAUUCUACGGUGGGUAGAAAUGCAGAUGCGCUUGCACUCUAUUUUGGUGAGGAUCCUGCCCGGUGCCCAUUUGAGCAAGUUACUGCAACGCUCUUAAAUUUCGUGAGGUUGUUUCGGAAAGCACAUGAAGAGAAUGUUAAACAGGCUGAACUGGACAGGAAGAAAGCCGAGAAGGAGGCUGAAAUGGAGAAAGCCAAGGAAACCAACCUUAAAAGGAAGAGUGUGAAAUAGUUGAAAAUCAGUUUCUAUAUUCCUACAAGGUAGUACGAUCCUUCCAAUCAGCAGAUACCCGUGCCGAUGAGAAUGACUGAAUUACAGGAACCGCUGCUUCUCGAGGACUUUUGACGUGCCUCCUAUUUCAUGCCUUCAGAGAUGUCGUAAACGAGGCUUUCAGGCCACUUGAAUUAUGCAUAAGGCUUCGGGAGACAUUUUCCAUGGGAAGAUAUCCAAAUCAAAUAACUACGAAUGAUUCAAUGAAAUUCUUUUUGGAGUAGUCGGACCGAACUUAUACGCAUAGAGUGGGUUAUGAGGAGAGUAGCAGAGGUUUAAAAUGCAAGCUAUCAAGGUAACUGCUAUGACCCUUCUCGCAUUAUUUUCUGAACCCUAAACUGGGUGGACCGGCAAGUCCAGGCAAUGAAUGAUUUCUUUUCAUCUGCCAUCAUUCAUCUGUCGUAUUUGUUUCGGCAUCAGAAUGGAUGCCAGUGGACUCAUAGAAGCCGGUGAGACCCACCGUACCAUGAAGGCAUGUAGUGUACAACUCUAACCAUCUUCAUAGUGUAGAAUUCAAUUCUUUUAUCUUGUAUUCUUGUAACAUAAUCUUUUGUUUUUUUGCAUUUUUCCAAGAAACAGGCCCGCCAUAGGGAGAGGUUGUAUAGGAUGUUAGGUUUUAGGAAAAAAGAGAAAUUAGAAGAGGGGCUUUCUUGAUGUAACUGUAAUAUAGCACCCGGAAUAUAUAGCCUGCCGAUUUUUAAAACC